AUGAAUCUCAAGCUUACCCAGAUAGACCUUGUCCCUGUUCCCGAGAAGCAAUCCGCCAGCGACAUCGACAGCCUCCCCGUUGAGCAACAUGGCACGCACACCCACCCCGCGCCUACUUCUGACCCUCUGGAUCCGCUUAACUGGCCCCGUUGGCGAAAGCAUGUGAUUCUGGGUAUUGUCAUGCUCAAGUUUGUACUACCUGAGCAGUCCAGAAGAACUCACAGAUUGACAAUGAACAGGUACUUCCUUUUCACCUACAUCACAACCACCACUGUCCCCUCCUUCGCAGAAAUACAAUCACAGUAUGACAUCAACUACUCACAAGUCAACUGGACCGUUGCCAUCCCAGCUCUGGGCCUAUCGCUUGGACCACUCUUCUGGUCCUCAGUUGGUGACAUCUACGGCCGCCGCAUUGUCUUCAUUGUGGGAACUGUCAUCGCUUUAGUUGCUACAAUUGGCGCUGCUGUGGCAGACACAUAUGGUGGGUACAUGGCUGCUCGGUUCUUCCAAGGGUUUGGAGUCAGCCCUUCAUCAACAGUGGGGAUGGCAGUUGCUAACGGCACAGUCACUGAUAUGUUCUAUGAAUACGAACGUGGCCAGAAACUCGGCUUAUGGGUACUUGCUCUUGAUUCGGGUCUGCUUCUAGGCCCAACCUUCGGCGGGUUUCUUAAUCUCGUCAGCGCACAAUGGAUCAACUGGUUCAACGCCAUUCUCUUCGCUGCACUUCUACUACUCGAACUCACACUCAUGCCUGAAACCCUCUACCCGCGCGCUUUGAUGCUCCAGCGCAUGGCAGUCACCGAGAAGCCAGCAGAGUCGAAUGCAGGUAUAGAAGAAGCAGGGAUAAAACGCACCAAGUCGCUUCCGUUCUUCAACCUCCGUCCCAUCCCAGGUCUCUCUCAUCCACCUAUCUAUGCCUCUCUUACCCGGUUCCUCCUUACAUUUCGCUUCCCAGUCAUCGCCGUAGCUGUUAUCGGGUACUCAUUCACAUGGUACUGGUGGAUCCUGUCCGUGAUUACCAUGGUCCCGUCUGCAUAUGCAACGGACUCGCCUCUCAUACAGGGAUUACUAUUCCUGGGCCUACUGAUCGGGACCCUAGUAGCAGAGGUAAGCUGCUCGGGCCGAUUGAGCGAUGCCAUCGUGGGGCGAUUAGCAAAGCGGAACGGGGGAGUUCGGGUCCCAGAAAUGCGAUUAUGGCUAGCAUAUCCAGCCAUUGUCUUGACUGCUGGUGUGUACAUCCCCAUAGCUCAUGUGCGUACAAUUUCUAACAUAGCUAUACAACCGGCAGUUGGUUUAAUCCUCUGGGGCAUAAGUAUAGACAAAGCCUACCACUGGAUGGUAGGACAGGUUGCAUUCUUCUUAUGUGAGUAG